CCUACCACCCCCCCCACCUCUCUCAUCCCGCGUCUCGACGGACCAAACGCUGCUGCAGCAGCAUCACCGGCAGCAGCCUCCAAACUGCGUUUUCCCUGCCGCGAUGGAUCGCUCUGUGAACCGGUGAGCUGCUACCAGAGGACCGGCUGAACUGUUCGGGGAGGGGGGGGAGAAGGACCGACAAGCGAUGGCCGCUGCGAGAAUGUGCCAUACAUCUAAGGGAUAAAAAAAAAAAUGAUAUAUAUUUCCAGCAAUGUUAUAGGAUCGUCUUGUUUACCUUCCCGACAGAUAAACAGCCGGCUGACAGUGAUAUUACGGCCGACAUGUAAGAGCUGGAUAACUAUUCCCGUGUGACCGACUCCCAUCUGCAGCUCAUCACAUAACAUGAAAAAGGAUGAGCCCUUCAGGUCCGUAAACCCGUACUGAUUGGAGACAUGUUCUAACGACGACAUCUCAGCCACCAUGAAAGGGUUAGGAGCCAACCGCAGUCGUCACAUGUCUGACUCGUGUGAACCUGCGAGAUGCCCACAGAAGCCGCUCUAUCCUUUGACCUCUGACCCCCACAGCUCCUUUCUGUUGAGCCCCACCAUAAACCACUAUGGCACACUGGACCCCCAUCUCCAUCUGUGCACUCCCACCAGCCCCACCAACCUGACCCCUGACUGCCUGCUGCCUUUCAGCCAGUUGUCCAACAGCAGCACUUUCCCUCGUCUGCACUUCACCUCCCAGACUGAGCAGGUUGACUGCUCCCAGGCCUGCAUGGCUGGUGGUGGCGGACUCGGGCAGGGUGGCAGAACAGGUGCACUGUCCAACUCCUUGUCUAUGGGCAUGGGCUUAGGUCUGGGCCUAACUGGUGCUCCGAUGAUCACCAGUGGAUCAGCCACUAUCUCCUCUGCAGCAGCAGCCAAGAUGAAUCGGUUACCCUCCAACCUUUUGGAUCAGCUAGAGAGGCACCUGCCCCUGCAGCGCGACGGCUUCAGCACGCUGCAGUUUCAUAGGGGACGUAUGUCGAAGCAACGCAGUGAGAGCCCAGGACGCAUACGCCACCUGAUGCACUCUGUGCAGAAACUAUUUGCCAAGUCCCAGUCCCUGGAAAACUCUGCAAUCAAAGGCAACAUGAACGGACGCUCUGCUGGAGGAACAGCCGGCACCACGGGUGCUGGUGAGGAUGGAGGUAGACCAACACGCAGGAGCAAGAGUAAAGACAGGGCUAAAACUGAGGGGCCAAAGCAGAGACCUAGGCCCAAUGCACUAGGCUUCUGGAGCUCAGAUGAUGCCCUGGACACUGACACAACCAAAGCUGGCACUAUUGCUGUAGGUUACCGCAACCCUCUGACCAUGAUGUCUCUAGGCAGAGCGGUGUCAGACAGCCAGGCCGCUCCCAGGCAUAUCCCACAGGGCUACCACACCAUUUCUGCACAUACUCUCAAGACCUCGAAAAGCAGCAGUGACCUCAAGUUUCUGGCAUGCCAGGCGACACAGGUAGUAUCCAAGGACGAGGAGGGAAGAAUCAGGGGAAGCAAGGAUGAUAUACUGGUGAAGAGGGGCUCCUGGUCCACUCUCACCCUCAGCCAGGCCAGGCAAGUGUUGCAGAAGGGCUCUGCUACAGUUAACAGGACCCUGCUUAAAUCCAAGUCAUGCCACCAAGACCUGGCACAACAGUUCCUUCAGGUCCCACUGGGAGACUGGGCAGGAACUCUGGGUCGCGGCCGGGGCAGAGGAACUGAGAUCCCGUGUCGAAGGAUGCGCAGUGGCAGCUACGUUAAAGCUAUGGGAGACUUAGAGGACAGCGAGGACUCAGAGGGAAGCCCCAAACAUUCCCCCAAAGCCACCGCCCGACGCCAGAGCUACCUGAGGGCCACCCAGCACUCCCUGAGUGAGCAGCAGCCGCCUCCACCACCUCAACGCAAGCCUCGUUGCUACGCUCUCAUGCGGGAGGAUUAUCUGUGGUCUCCACUACAGAGUGCAUGCUCUAUGCAGCAUCUGAGCUCCCUGCCAUCCUUGAAAGAGCUGUCGACUAAUCGGAGCCUCGAUAACUUAGAUUGCCUGGUGAGCCCGCUGGAGGCCCCUCCACGCUACAGGAACAAUGAUUUCAGCCAAUGCUCUGCUACACUGGGCAGAGGCUCGGCCGCUCAGCGUGUGAGUCUGCACACGUUCUUUCAGGUAUACGGGCAGGGCUGCGGGCACUCACUUCCGUACUGUGAGGGGGAAUCGCAGGCCGUGGAGGCUCUGGAUUUGCCUGCGCCCACGUGCUUCCGGUCGCGCAGCCACAGCUACCUGCGUGCCAUCCAGGCGGGCUGCUCCCAGGAUGAAGACACCUCUGUGGACUCGGACUCACCGCCGCCCACCACUGCUGCAGGCUACAGUUACAGCUCCAACACCAUCGGCAGUAGGAAGGCUCCUCCCCCAGUCCCCCCCCGCACCACGUCCAAGCCCCUCAUCUCCGUGACGGUGCAGAGCAGCACCGAGUCGGCCCAAGACGUAUACACUGACCAGCAGGACCGUGGCAGUGAGGCCAACAGCCAGUCGGGACGCAGCAACUCCUCUGACAGUCUCUGUAGCAUCCGCACGGGCAGUCUGGCUAAGGGGCCCCGACCUCUACCGGUCCCAGUCCCAGUGUUAGUCCCUGUUCUAAUCCUGGGACCCGCUGCAGGCUCUGUGCAUCCUGUUCCAGCCCCUCGUGACCUCCCUCCUCCCACCACCACCACCGCUGUCACCACCACUUCCACAUCUACCCAGUCCCAACAUGACACCCUGAGCUUUGGUUUCACCCUAGAGCCGGCCCCGACUGCAACCAAGAGGAAACUGUCCUCCAUCGGAAUCCAGGUGGAUUGCAUUCUGCCAGUCCUGAGAGAAGAACCACUACCCCUGCCUGCACCCCUUAAGUUUCAGUCCAUCGGAGUUCAAGUAGAGAACGGCAGGCCUCUCAGCCGGGAAAGCAGCAUGGCCUCCAGACAAAACACAGAGACUGAGCCUCAGGAGCCCCAGGAUGCCGCACCCACAGAAAACAACACGGCAAACUGCACCAACAGUCAAACAUCGAAUGCCACCGCACCCAACGGACAGGACAAAGCCAUGGAACAGCAGCUCCUUAAACGCACCUCAGCCGCCUCCAGGAUAUCCAGCCCGCCCCAGGUGACUCUGGACCCGGCUUUGGAUCCCUCCUCGCUGCCACCGCCAGAUCCCAGCCUGGAGUCGGGAAACUGCAGCGCCCACGGAGAUGCUAUUCAGCCCGGCACGCCAGCUUGCCUCCGAGACGGUAACUGGUUUAUGAAGCUGCUGCAGGCUGAGACCGGGCGCAUGGAGGGCUGGUGUCAACAGAUGGAGCAGGAGACCAAAGACAACAAGCUGUCAGAGGAGGUGUUGGGCACGAUCCGCAGUGCAGUAGGCAGCGCUCAGCUCCUCAUGACAAAGAAGUUUGAGCAGUUCAGAGGGCUCUGUAAUGAGAACUUGGACGUCAGUGCCAACCCACGACCAACAGCACAGGACCUCGCAGGAUUCUGGGAUCUGCUACAACUCUCAAUAGAAGACAUCAGCAUGAAGUUUGACGAGCUCUACCAACUGAAAGCCAACAAAUGGCAACUUCCUGAGAAAUCAGAGAAGGAUGAAAACAAGCAGCUUCCCUCUGUGCCAAAGAAGCAGACUAAGCCCAGGCUGUCGGCAGGGAAGGACAGGAGCGUGGACUCCGUCGUGGACAAACAGCGGCAGGAAGCCAGGAAGCGUUUGAUGGCAGCAAAGCGCGCGGCGUCAGUGCGGCAAAACUCCGCCACGGAAAGCGCCGACAGCAUCGAAAUCUACGUCCCCGAGGCCCAAACCCGCCUCUGAUGAGAGUGAACCAGCAACCGAUCAUCGAGACAAAUCCGGACUCCCUUCAGACAUUCAUUGACACAAACACACAGACAGAUAUGAGACGAACACGCAAAUGUACAACGGAUGCACAGAGGCCGACACCCCCC